AUGAGUCUCUUACGCACAACCUUCCUCCGCAAUGCUCCUCGCACCUUUGCUCGUAGCCCCGCCCUGAGCGUCAGCGGCAGACGCUUCGCAUCCUCAGAUUACGGCAGCGGUUCUGGCGACCCCAAGGGCGAGAAGCCCCAAGAGCAAGGCGCAAACCCCUCUGCCGACAAGGAACACCCUGGUCCUCCUCCUCCCAAGGUUGGCCAAGGCAGCGGUGGUGCCACCAAGGCAGACAGCACCGGUCACAACACUGGAGCAGCAAAGCAGCAAAAGAAGAGCUUCUCCACCAUGGCCAGAAGAAUGGCCAAUCAAGACUACGGCAGCGGUUCAGGUGACCCCAAGGGUGAGAAGCCCCAAGAACAAGGCGCCAACCCUUCGGCCGACAAGGAGCACCCUGGUCCUCCUCCCCCAAAGGCCGGUCAGGGCAGUGGCGGCGCUACCAAGGCCGACAGCACCGGCCACAACACUGGAGCUGCAAAGCAACAAAAGAAGAGCUUUUCCACCACGGCUAGAAGAAUGAGCGAAGACCGCCCAAAGUCGACAAAAGGCUUGGAACCCAAGCUUAACAAGAACCAAUCCACCCCUGCCGAGAAAGACCUUCCUGAGGAUGUGAAGCAGCAUAACAAGGAGAUGGACGAGAAGGCCGAUCAGGCCGCCGAGAAGCUCGGUGACGACAAGAGCAAGAAGGGCGACAAGGUUGGCAAGGAGUUCUGGUAA